UCCAAAUCCCUCGAGAAUUUGCAAUUCCUCACCUUAUGCCAUUGGAAUUAGGAGUUACCAUUUGCUUAAAACAAGCAAUUUGGCCUUCAAUCCUUAUUCCAUAGCGACUGUCUUCUGCUCUGUCUUUCUUCCUCAAGUUGAUUCUUCUGCUCCUGCUGAUUCUCUUCUCGAUCGCCGAACAUGUAUCAGUCUAUUCAAAACGAGUCAAGAAACACAUAUCAUGGCUUCCCCCACCAUCAACAAACCUGGAAUCCACCAUAUUUUUCUAAUACAACCCACAAUUUUCAAACUAAUCAACCCUCUGUUCCUCGGCCACUGAAACGAAGCCGGAAUGUUUACGAGCCGUGUACGAGCGCUGCUACUCCUAACAAGAUUCAAGCUUGUCAGCGAUUUUCCCAUAUGCAGCAUCAAGAAAAUCGUGGGUUUGAAGCCAAGAAGCCGAAUUUGAUUCCUAACAAUCACAAUCGGUGUUCAUAUCAGGGAAACAAUCUGCAAUUUUAUCCCUCAAGAUUAGAGUUUAUUCCGUUCCCUCCGCCGUUGGCAGUGUCGACGAUCUUGUGUCCGACUGUGCCGCCACCGUCUGUGCUGCCUCAAACGAUUGAGAAUUUGCUUAAUUCACUUAUAUCGUUCUCGAAAGAAAACCCACCAACAGAAACCCCUGUUAUUCAAGAUUCUAUGGGGCUUGAGUUUGAUCCAGUUAAAUUGAAGGUGCGUCACGAGUCUGUGAUCAAUUCUUUGUAUCGUGACCUGCCUAGACAAUGUACUUCAUGCGGUAAUCGAUUCAGAACCCAAGAAGAGCAUAGUGAACAUAUGGAUUGGCAUGUGAAGAAGAAUCGGAUGGCCAAAAACCUUAGGAAGAAGAAGGGUCUUCGUGGGUGGAAUAGCACGGUGGAUAUGUGGCUUGUUGAAACAAAGGCAAUGAAGAUGGUUGAAACAAAGGACGCUGAUGAUUUUAACGUUUAUGCUGAUGAGGAUCAGAAAGUUUGUGCAUUGUGUCAAGAGGCUUUCGAUGAGUACUAUAGCGAUGAAGCCCAGGAUUGGAUGUAUAGAGGGGCUGUUUACUUGAAUGCACAUAAUGGUUCAACAGAAGGCAUGGAGAAGUCUCAAUUGGGUCCAAUCAUACACAUUAAGUGUGGACCGGAGCCUGUACGAGUUCCGUCUAUGAAGAAUUGGGGGGAAAAUAGGCAGUAGAAGAUGCCGUUGAAGACUUUUCGGCUCAAACCAUGCCUACCAAUCCAUGAUUGAAGCAAGAGAAGAUGAGAAGAUUGUCAAUGAGGAGCCUGUGUGGUCUCGAGGUUUCAUUCCAGUUCAGAUUUUUUUCCCCCUCUUAACAUCACAGUGUAAACUUGUUGGAUUCAGGCUUAGAGAAGUCAAUUGUCUAUUAUCCAAACAAUGUAAUUGAUAUUGCUUAUUAUUAUUAAUGAAAUAAAUUCC